AUGUACGGCUCCAUUUAUACAAAAGCAGACUGCAACAUGUUCUCACGGCCAAUCAGAAUCACCACUGCAGAGCAAACUAUCACCUUCAAUGUGCCCACAAAGACCAGCGAGGACAGACGUGGAGAAAUGUCUUCACUGUUCAUUAGCUUACUGAGGAUUCCUCUCCUCUUGCUCUUGCUCUAUGGGUUUGUGUGCUCACUGGACAUCCUAAGCUCUGCUUUUCAACUGGCUGGAGGCAAAGUGGCUGGAGACAUUUUCCAGGACAAUGCCAUCCUAUCCAACCCCGUAGCAGGACUCAUGGUGGGGAUUCUGGUCACGGUUCUGGUCCAGAGCUCCAGUACUUCCACAUCCAUUAUAGUCAGCUUGGUCUCAUCUGGAUUGCUUGAAGUGAAAUCUGCCGUCCCCAUCAUCAUGGGCUCCAACAUCGGCACGUCUGUCACCAACACCAUCGUCGCCCUGAUGCAAGCAGGAGAGAGGAACGAGUUUAAACGGGCGUUUGCUGGGGCGACGGUCCAUGACUGUUUUAACUGGCUGUCGGUGCUGGUUUUGCUGCCGGUGGAGGUGGCAUCUGGUCUGGUGAGUUACCUGGCCAGAGUCACUGUCAGCAGCUUUCAGCUGCACAGCGGACAAGAAGCACCUGAACUACUGAAGACGCUCACCGAACCCUUCACCAAACUCAUCAUACAGCUGGAUAAAUCAGUAAUAACGGGCAUCGCUCUGGGCGACGAGUCCAUGAGGAAUCACAGCCUCGUGAAAGUCUGGUGCAAGUCCAGCAGCUUUGUGUCCUCAGUGAAUGUGACAGCAGCUGCCGCCCAGAACUGCUCCACUGAACUGCAUUGUGGGAAGGAUAGUGAUCUCACUUGGAUCACACAGAAUAUCAGCUCGCAGAUCAACACAGAGAAAUGCCGGCAUCUGUUUGUGGACUCGGGUUUGUCAGACCUGGCGGUGGGGCUCAUUCUGUUAGCCAGCUCUCUGAUGGUGCUGUGCACCUGCCUGCUGCUCAUCGUCAAAGUGCUGAACUCUCUCCUCAAAGGUCAAGUUGCAAAGGUCAUCGAAGGGGUCAUCAACACGGGCCGGCAUCUGUUUGUGGACUCGGGUUUGUCAGACCUGGCGGUGGGGCUCAUUCUGUUAGCCAGCUCUCUGAUGGUGCUGUGCCCCUGCCUGCUGCUCAUCGUCAAAGUGCUGAACUCUCUCCUCAAAGGUCAAGUUGCAAAGGUCAUCGAAGGGGUCAUCAACACGGAUUUCCCGUACCCUCUCGGCUGGCUGUCAGGAUAUCUGGCCAUGUUGAUUGGAGCAGGAAUGACCUUUAUCAUCCAGAGCAGCUCUGUUUUCACCUCGGCCUUGACUCCACUCAUAGGCAUUGGCGUGAUCAGUCUCAAUAGAGCGUAUCCUUUGACCUUGGGUUCCAACAUUGGCACUACCACCACGGCCAUCCUUGCAGCUCUCGCCAGCCCCAGAGAGAAGCUUCCUGCUGCAUGCCAGAUUGCCUUGUGCCAUUUUUACUUCAAUAUUUUUGGGAUUUUACUGUGGUAUCCAGUCCCGCUCACUCGUCUGCCCAUCCGUAUGGCGUCUGCGCUGGGCGAAUGCACUGCCAAGUACCGCUGGUUUGCUGUGCUUUACCUUCUGGUGUGUUUUCUGCUGCUGCCUUGCCUCGUGUUCGGCAUCUCUCUGGCCGGAUGGCAGGCCAUGGUCGGCGUGGGUGCGCCGUUCGCCGCGCUCACCAUCUUCAUCCUCCUGGUCAACCUGAUGCAGUCCCACAGUCCCACGCACCUGCCGAAGACACUGCGCAGCUGGGACUUUCUCCCGCAGUGGAUGCACUCUCUCAAACCGCUCGACAAGCUCAUUACCAAAACAACGGUGCUGUGCUGCAGCCCGGCUCGACUUAAUGACCCAGAUGUGGUUGUCGUGACUCCAGACACAACAAACAUCAAGCCAGAGUCAAAGAAACAAACCGAACAGUGGUAUGACAACCCUGCCCUGUCCCUACCUGAGGAGAUUUCCUCAGAGCCAAGAGUGUUUAGACUUAGAGGACUAGAAAGAUGCAACAGCACGCCAUUGUAGAUUUGUAGUCUUUCCAAAAUAAACCAUCAUGGUCUAAAUGGCCAGUCUCAGAUUUAUUCUCUAUUCCAAAACCUAGUGAGCUGCUUAUG